UCAAAUACUCCUGCCUCCUCCUAUUCUUCUGCUUCUUCCCUUGUCACCCAGCAGUACAUUUCAUUUCCAAUCUGCAAGGAGUUUAAAGCACUACAUUCAAAAUGCCCGAACCUGCGAGAGAGAGAAAGUCAAAGAUCACAGCAUCUCGUAAGCUCCUGCUUAAGAGCUUGCUGCUGGCUAAAGCAACUGAAGAAUUAGCUCAAGAAACAGCAGAAAAAAAUGAAGAAAAAGAAAGAUUUCUUGGUGAACGAGUCCCACCAAUAAGAUUAGCUGGCCUGUCUUCUACUCAGCUGCAGGAUCUCUGCCAGGAACUCCAUGAGAAGGUACAUGUAGUGGAUGAGGAGCGAUAUGAUAUUGAAGCCAAGGUGAUACACAAUACAAGAGAGAUUAAGGACUUGAAUCUGAAAGUUUUUGAUCUCAGAGGGAAGUUCAAGCGCCCGACCCUUCGUCGGGUUCGUGUGUCAGCUGAUGCUAUGCUAAGGGCCUUGCUGGGAUCUAAACACAAAGUAUCCAUGGAUCUGAGAGCUAACCUGAAGUCAGUCAAAAAAGAAGAUUCAGAAAAGGAACGCCCUGUUGGAGUUAGCGACUGGCGUAAAAAUGUGGAGGCAAUGUCUGGAAUGGAAGGCAGAAAGAAAAUGUUUGAUGCUGCUAAAACUGGUUCUGGCCAAUGACUUCGCUUCAAGGAAUUCAAGAAAUUGCAACCUUUCACUGCCUUAUUGAUGUGCAUUUCUCUGCAUUUGAGGAUGUCCAGAAUUGCUUGAAGAAAAUAUGCUUUGCACAGGAAAGAAGAAUGAGGAAUAUUAUUUUAAGGCAGACAAAAUAAGGAAAUGAGCUAACUAAUAGAGUGCUCCGGUUUUCUGCAUUUGAUGUAAAUUGAGAUAAAAUAAAAUGAAAUGAAACCCCA